AUGAAGUCAAAAUCGUAUAAAGUGAGCCCAAUUUCAAAUGCAAAUUACCCUGAUAGCUCAACCCUCAAAUAUUCAUCAACUUUCCAUGCCUACACUAUUUUCCAGAUGAAUUCUCAGUUCAAUUUCAGAGUAGCCGCUACAAGCAGUGCAGCAACUGGAAUUUAUUACAUCGACUGGGGAACACCUACUGAAAAACUUCAAGAUGGAGUUACUAAUUCUUUAUAUGUCGCUCCAUUGAGUACAAUGAUUGAAGUCUGCAGCUCCUUGUCUACUGCAACUGUCACUGUCGACACUUUACCAACCCUCUACCAAUACUGAACCAGCAUUCCAAUCAAAGUAUAUCUUGCAAAUGCCCCUGCUUCCCAGUUAACAGUAACCCCUACAUUCUCAGUCGCAGGAUUUACAGUCACCCCGAAUUCUCUUACUUUUGACUAUGGUGUCAAUACUCUUUACUUCCAAGUUAAUGUUGGCUCUACCUAUACAGCCUCAACCACAUCACCAACUGUUAGCUUUACUUUGGGAGGAACUGACGCUGCUGCUUUUGCAGCACCUAACAAGCAGACAGUAACUGUUUCAACAAGCUAUCCUUCCAUUGUGGCAGCCACUCCUGGACUAUCGAUCACUAAGGUAAGUGCUUCUGAAGUUAAAGUUGCAGUCACAUCAACAAUUGCAGGAGUUUUGUAUUGGGGACUUGGAUGCCAAGGCUCUCAUGUUCUUAAUUUUGCUGGCCUGUCAUCCCUGGUUUCUGAUCUUGUGACACCAUCUAAGAGUAUUCAAAGCCUUCAGGAGCAAUUGUCCGAACAAUACCUAAGUACAGAAACUGAUAUCGAUACAACUAAAGAUACUGAUAUUAAUGCAUUUUUCAAAAGAAUUCAUUCAGAGCAUUGCAGUGACUACUGGGCUUCUUCACAGGUUAUCACUACAGCUGGAGCUACUAUUGAUUUGAAUUGGCUGAUGGCAGGAACAAGCUAUACUUUUUCAGCUUAUAUUGCUACAAGAUUGACCAACAACACAGCUGCUUAUCCUCUAAAUACUUAUAACUUUACUACAGAUGCAGCAGCACAAUACUAUAGCACCUCUGUCACUUUCUCUGGAUCUGUUCCUUCAACUUCAAGCAGCGGUAUUGCUAAAGUGUUAGCUAAAAAUAUGGGUGUCAACCCUUCAUGGCUUACUUAUGUAAGUUCAUCAAGAAGAAUGCUACAAAGCUCUUCUGGCUCUACCACUACAACAACAUUUGUUUAUAAUGUGCUUUCUGAUAGCAGAUAUCCAGCCUAUACUUCUUCAGGCAUGAUUUCUAAUCUCAAUACUAAUCAGGCCCAAGCAACUUCAGACUUCUCUAGCGCAUUAGCAUUAACCUCAACAGCCCUUGGAACAUCCACAGCUGUCACAACUGGAACAGCUCCAUCAUGGUCCACUGCUCCUGCAAAGACUGCAAACACUGAUACCUCUGCAACCUUCACUGCAGCUUCAUCACAGGCUGGAACCAUAUAUGUUUCUUGCACAGAUAACGACCUUACAGGCCGCAUUACUUAUGCAUGGCAAGUUACUAAUGGAUUAGAUGCAACUACUGAGAAAGUUCCUUCAGCAAAUGUAGCCAGUGUUGCAACCACCAGUGAAACUCUUACAGUUUCAGGUUUGUCCGCAGGGACUUCUUAUGCUUGCUACUUCACUGCUUGCAAUAGUUACCCAGUAACACCUUCUUGCAUUGAAUAUACCUCAACUACUCCUUUGCAAAGCAUUACAUUUAAGACUUCUGGAUCCUCAAGCAGUGACAGCAGUGCAGUUAUGAUGGGCGCAAGUGCACUUUUGGCUUUUAUCUUAACCUUACUUAACUAA